AUGUGUCCUGGUGCAGAGCGGUUGGACUUGGCGCCCGGAGCGACAGAUCGACGCGAACGCGCAGUCGAGUGGCUCCUGUUCCAGUCUCGGUUGCAGGAGCACUCGAAGAGAGCGCCGCUGACGCGCCCUGUGGCCCGGAGUCCUCUCGAGGAGCGACUGCAGGCUUUCCUACCGGAGAUGCAAGCUGAAAACGCAGCAUUGUUUGAGAAGAUGCGAAAAGGCACAGCUGUCGCCGUCGAUACUGACUUCAGCACAGCAGAUGCGCCUGAGGACGAGUGCGAUGUUCCAACUGUUGAAGUGCUUCUGGUCACAGCUUCUGCUCAUGCCCAAGAUACAGUAGAAGCUGCCGCACCGCAACGUCUGGUGCAAGUUCUGGGCCAGGGAGACGCCGAGCAGUGCCUGAUGACCGGUGAGCAACCUCGAGCGACGCCCAUGGAGGCGCCCGUCGGCAAGGCUCCACAUCCAGGUGCCGCUUCACGCAUGCGGAAAGCGAACCGCCAUGAUGAGCCUUAG